CCUACCAUUGGACUCUUUUCCCAAGUCCACAAACCCCUACCCUCCAUGCUCCCAUAACCGAGCUUCGCACACCUCUCUCUCUCUCUCUCUCUUCUCUCCCAACUCUUCAGAAAAAUGUCGAAAUUCUUACAGUUCCUCCGUUCACCGACACCAAUCUCCCCGCUUCUCUUCCCCAAACCCUUCUCUCCUAAACCCCUACGGUUCCUCCGCUACAGUUCUUCCGCUGCGGUCGAUACGCUCACCGCCGACGCCGCAGAAACCCUAUGCGCCGCGCACCCGUGGCCCGAAUGGGUGAGCUUCGUCGACCGCUUGAAGAGCAAGGGUUACUUUGUCGAAUCCGCGCCCGAGGCCAACCAUGAGGGUGAUGCGGAGAGCACUUACAAUGACAUGAACCUCGUCAAGGACGCUUGCUUCAGCUUCGCGCGUGACCGCUACGAUGUCUUCAAAUCAUUGUCUACUGAGGAUAUUCAAACAGUUGUUGAGGGCGGAUGUCCUAAUCUUUUACGGAAAGCUGUUAAUUCAGCAAAACGGUUGAGAGCCUAUGUGCGAUUGGAUGAAGGCGAUGUUUGUAGUACUUGCUCUCUGCGGGGAUCCUGUGAUAGAGCUUAUGUGAUUUUGAAGGAAAAUGAUGCAGCUGCCCGAACUGUGGAUAUAGUGCGUAUACUGCUUUUCUAUGCUCUAGAUCCACUUCUUAUUUCAGGAGGAGAGAAGCCUCCUGGUAGAGAUAUGAUUGAAUCAUCUGCAAGAAAACUGUUUUCUGAGUUGAUUGCACUGAGUGAAACAUCCCCAGAUCCGGUACUUCCAAAGCCUGCUGUCAAAGGACCCAAGCGAAAGGAAGACCAUAUAAAAUUUGUGGAUGAUAAACUGUCUCAAGAUGUUGAAAUGAAGAGAGGGGAUUGGAUGUGUCCUAAAUGCAAUUUUAUGAACUUUGCUAGAAAUGUACGGUGCCGGAAAUGCAAUGAAGAUGGCCACAAAGGAGUUGGUGCAGGUGAUGUUGAAAUGAAAAAAGGAGAUUGGACCUGUCCUGAAUGCAAUUUCAUGAAUUUUUCUAGAAAUAUACGUUGCCUAAAGUGCAAAGCUGAGGGGCCAAAGAGGGUUAGUGUAGAUGAGGCUGAAAUGAAAAAGGGUGAUUGGACCUGCCCACAGUGUGGUUUCAUGAACUUCGCUAGCAAUAGGAAGUGUUUGCGAUGCCCAGAGCUACGGCCUAAAAGAGAGCUAAGGCCAGGAGAUUGGGAAUGCCUCUCAUGUGGUUUCUUAAAUUACAGCAGGAACAUGGAAUGCCUGAAGUGUAACGGCGAACGCCCCAAAGAAACGGUAGCUUCCGAGUACAAGGAUCAGUUAUGGGAGCAGCCUCGAUACUAGUUCUACCAAAUGGCCAAAUCGAAUUUCAGAAGAUGGCUAAAGUCAUUGUACCAAUCCAAAAAGAGAGCAACAUUAAGUAGAACUGUUUACCCUCUUUAAAUUAUGUUCAUUAUGAUGUUUCCCUGGGCGUCCACAGCUACACGAUUUUGGCCCUGGAAAAAUCAAUGAUAGGAAGGAUUUGGUCCUGCAAUUUCUUUUUCUUCUUUUCUUUUGGGGUUUUAGGGUUGGGGGAAGAGAGAGAGAGAGAGAGAAGGCAGGAUUUGGUGGUUGCUGUGUUACUGAGUAAUGUAUAGCUUGCGAAUGAAGUGAGUAUUGCAUCUGUAGUGUUUCAUAUGGGCGAACUUUUCUGCAAAUUUUGGGAUUUUUAAAUGAUGAACACUGGUUUAAUUA